AUGCUUUCACCAAUUGUAAGAAAGGGACUUUUGCAGAGUUCUAGAUAUGCAAGAUCAUUUAGUUCCAGCCGAAUCCUCUCGGCGCAAGAAGUUAAAAGCCUGGGUGUUAUUGGAGCUGGGCAAAUGGUAAACCCAUCUUCACUUUCUUUCUUGACAUUCAAUUGCUCAUGUCAUUUAGGGCUUGGGAAUAGCAUUAGUAGCGGCACAAAGAGCUGGUGUGCCAGUCACUCUUGUAGACACAAAUCAAGCCUCCCUUGAUAAAGGCCUCAAGUUUGCCGGUAUGCAUUCAUGCUAUAUUGUCCUCCUCAUUUGCAGAUUCUUUGUCCAUAGUCACUUAAAAGAGUAUCCUAACAAGUAUGUUCCUCACUUCAGAUAAGCUCUUGGCCAAAGAUGUUGCCAAAGAACGCAUAACCCAAGAACAAUCCGACAGCAUCCGCUCCCUUCUCACCCCAACCACAAAGAUGGACGAUCUUUCCUCCGCAGAUUUCGUAAUUGAAGCUGUCCCCGAAAUUCCAUCCUUAAAAUUCUCCAUCUUCAGUUCCCUCGCCCAAAUAUGUCCUCCACACGCCAUCCUGGCCACAAAUACCUCCUCCAUAUCCAUAACACGAAUUGCUGCGUCUACGACCAAAGAUCCCAAAGAUACCAGUGCUUCUUCUCGUGUAAUCUCAACACAUUUUAUGAAUCCAGUGCCCAUUCAAAAGGGCGUGGAAAUCAUUACCGGAUUACAGACGAGUCAAGGUACAGUGGAUACGGCCAUUGAGUUCUGCAAACGAAUGGGUAAAAUCCCAUCUACAUCAGCCGACUCGCCGGGCUUUUUGGCGAACCGAAUUCUAAUGCCUUACAUUAAUGAAGCUAUAAUAUGCUUAGAAACUGGCGUCGGGAAAAGAGAUGACAUUGAUGCCAUAAUGAAGAACGGAACAAAUGUACCCAUGGGACCGUUGCAAUUGGCAGACUUUAUUGGUAUUGAUACCUGUUUAGCAAUUAUGAAGGUCUUAUAUGAGGAGACAGGAGAUAGCAAGUAUAGACCUAGUGUACUAUUAGGAAAAAUGGUAGAUGCAGGGUGGUUAGGUAAAAAGAGUGGAAAGGGGUGAGUUUCUUCCUUCUCUCAAUCUCUCACAUGGUGAAUGAAUUUACUGACAUUUUGAUGACAGCUUCUAUGACUAUUAAAUGGUAAGAAAAAGAUAUUAAUGAAUUAAUAUACUAUCAACUCCGACCUCGAAGCCAGAGUAACGCAUGAUCCCGUCGACUUCAAGGGUCUGCCUCACGUCAUGGUCGUACCAAAUUGAGCUCUAUUGUGACUGAACUAUUUCAUGAUAGAGGAGAAUAAAUCAAACUUUGGAAGCUCAGACAUGAAAAGUCUGUUAUAUGGAAUCUACAAAUUCUUCCAAUCAUUUCAGAACCAUAUUUUGCACUUCGUUCGUUCCCAUGUUCCCACGACGCAGGCCUCACAGACAAUGAUUCUUGCGUUUUCCACCCCUUUUGUCAUACUUUUCUAGUAGUGAAAUGAUAGCUAAAUGUAUGAGAAACUUGGAACUGAAAACGGCUGAGUCUCCUUCCACAUUUUUGUACAAGACGAAUGGAUGGAGGCACUGGAGGGAUUACUCGAAUGAUAAUUCUAAGUG